AUGUCGAUUCGCUCGAAGUUCAACAAGGACGAGAAGAAGUUUGUGAAGUUUAUUGAUUCAACCGAGGAAAUAAUAAAGCAUCUAAACAAGAGUGAUUCUAGCAAAAGAUCAAGGUUGAAACUGAGUGGACAGCAAAUCGAUGUUCUGGAGUCGAACUUUAAGAUCGAUAGUCACCCGAACAGUGCCACCAAGAGCCUGCUGUCAAAUGCCCUCAGCAUUCCCCUGAAGAACAUCCAGAUAUGGUUCCAGAACAGGAGGGCCAAGGAGAAGACAGCCAGGGAUGGCGGCCGGAGAAGAAGCGGGAAUGCAGAGAUUGAAGAUGGGGAGUAUGAACACGGCAAGAUGAGCUACCAGGCGAUGUGCCCCUUUGAUUUUCCUCCUCAAGAGAGGUAUUUUCUCUAG